GGCAAUUUUGGGAAGGCAGACAAACAUGAUUUUUAAAGGACUCUUCUUGAUCUCAGUGAGACUGAAAUUAGGAAUGAGUGAGGUGAAGAACACCACCUAAAAUAAUCAUGGUAAUGUGUUGGGAACUGGUAUCUGGCAGAAAGAACUGAAAUGGAGAAGUAAAAAAAAAAAAAAUCAUAUGAGUUAUCAAGAAAAUAUAUUAUGUCUAGGUCUUAAGUAUAAAGUAGUCCAGUGCCAGAUUCCAGGUGUUUAUGGAGCAAAACAGCACUGAUAAACAUGAUGGUUUCAUGUCCUUUCACAUUUCAAAUCCUUUAUAAUGCUCUUUUGUGAUACAUUGCUGGUUGGCUGGAUAUUCCAGGGGUGUAAGGAGCACUUCUACAGAACACCAGUCCACUGCAUUUUGUGGUUAUACUUCAUGCAGUGAUAGGCACCCUAAAGAAAGCAGCCAUGUUUUGUCUAUUCACUCUGUAGUUGCCAACUUCUACUUGUCUGGAAAAAAUAAUGGGAUCUUUCAUGAUACACUUGGUGAUGUAUGAAAGGCAGUAACAGCAGUUCCCAAGGAUAAUUGCAACACUGCAUGACUGUCUCCUGUUGCUUUAGUAAUUGAAUUUACUCCCCAGUUUGUGGUGAUUACUGAAAGAGUUUGCAUGUGAGAAGGACAAGUGGGUUGUUUGCAAACAGGGAUGACUGAGGCUCAGAUGCUUUCUUAGAAGAGAAUGAGAUAAACAUAGUUUGGGAACAGAGUGCAAUUUGACAGGAGGUUUUCUGCUAUUGGAGUAUGUUUGAAAAGGGCAAUGGGCAUUGAUUUCAUAGGCCAUGCUAUCUCUUUCUUUUCAGAUUGACUAGGGUUUUAUUUUAAGAUGAUAUAGGUAUGUGUGUCUUCACAAUACCAUUUUAAUUUUUUAAAAAGGGGGUGGAAACUAAACGGUGGUUAGAAUGACCAAGAUCAACAACUUGUGUUUAAAAUUUGAGGGAAUGAAAGCACAGUCCCGUCAAAUUGCACUUACCUGUUAGCAGCAAUUUAUGCAUCUGUGCUCGGCAUGAGUGUUAUAUGUAUAACUGUCUGACUUAGUGGCUAGACUGCAAAUAAGGUUCUCCCAUCUAUACUGUAACUCUUCAAGGUUAGGGGACAAUGUAGCUUCUUUGGAUAUGUAAACAUGGUUUCAUCCUUCAGUGUGGACAAGAAGAAAUUGGCCUUGAACCUUUGCAGGGCUGCAGCAUCAUAUGUGAACAAAUCUUCACUUGUUAAGCACUUAAACUACCUUAAGUUGAGGCACUACCUUUCCUAUCAACCCUGGAGAAAAUACAAGUGUGGAGGAGAUCUGAGCUGGAUUUCCAAUCAAUGAAGAGGGAGCAAAGAAACAUUCAGAAGAACAUGAAUGUUGAUCUGUAUUUGGGCACUAGAAGUUGAGUAGACAUUUCUCAUCACUGGCUUGAAGCUGCGGCAUUCAGUGUAACUCCCAGCCAGACAGCAGAACAAGGCCAGCCGUGUACUGCACCUCUGUCAGCUGGGAAGAGAGAUCCCAGUCUGAGACAGACUAAUCUGCUGCCCUUCUCAGCCAUUCUGGGACACGACCAGUCAGUUCUCCAGUUCCUGCUUCCUGCAGCAGAAUAAUCUCUGCCCUAGGCUGCAGCACAGCUCUAAGUGUGUGGCUCAUAGGAUUCUGCAUCUUGCUUUGUCAGUGCUCCCUGCUGUGCAUCUCCCUCGGAGACACUCAGGCCUUGAGGCUUGUAGUUUAGAAGGGGGAAAGAAUGAGAGUAUUGACUUUCUUCAACACCAUCAGAAAGCAAGGGCAGUUGGUAGCUGCUCCAUACACACUGCUUGCCAUUGCUGUUUAGAAAGUAAGAACAAGAAUAGCAACUCUCCAGUGGAAAAACAACAGCAUCGGCCUCCCACUGCUGCUUGUAUGGAUCCUGUGAGCCCUUCACUGGCCAAUGCACAUUUGUCACCUCAUACUGUAGAUUCCCCUCCUAGGCACGAAUCACUGGCAUGUCCCUCUUCAAGGAGCUCAAGUGGAAAUCUGAAUGCUUGUUGUAGCUCAGCCCUGACCUCAAGGGAUCUCGAUUCAUCUAGUUUGGAGUCCCUUCAGUCUCUUUUGCAGUCCUCACAGAUUUCUGCUAGCUUGUACUGUUCAAUCCAGAGGCUUAAGCAGGAAACUGCUUUGAUGGGGAUAUGGGGCUCCCUCCCUCUGGAGCCUAAGUCUCCUCCAGUCAGUGGCAGUUUGUGCUUUGCUGCUGAUGAUUCACCUCCUAGUAUCCUGAGCACAGGAGAACAACUAGGUGGAGUGAAGGCCAGUGCUGCUCAGACAGGAUUGAAAUGGAGAGUCCCAUUUGCUAAAAACUGGAGCACUGGUACAGUGACAAGGGACUUCAGUCAUGCAGAACCUCUCUCUGUCUCUCACAGAUACAGAUAUGUCGACUCAAACACAUGGAGAACCAAAAUUUCAGGUGACAUCCAGCCAGAAACCCUCUCUUCUGGGGUGGGCCCUGGCAGGCCAGUGAGUACAGGAGCAGAUUACUCCUACAGUUGCUCCCCUUAUUUCAGAUGCCAGUCCCAGGCAAAGCCAACUUUGGAAACUGGUAGUCUUUAUGUUCACACAAAAAGACAUUCCCCUGAAAAGGUUCUUAAAGGAGAAGAGACACCUGAUAGGGCAUCCCUCUAUGCUGUAUCUUGGAAGAAAGACCUGCCAGCCAGUCUGUAUCCCGAGGAUCUGCAGGUGUCACUAGAGACGGAUCUGGGGGGGGCUCAGAUGGACGGUGUAGCCAUGUACGGGACUCCAGGGGAACUAUGCAUGAAAGUAGCUUCUGGAGAUAAAGAGUUUAGACCAGUCCAGCAGUUUAGUAUUAAAUCUGCAGGAGUCAACAACUCUGAACCUCAUGUUAAGUCCAGCAAAGAUUCAGAAGAGGUAUGUGACUCUAGAUUGCAAGCAGCCAGAAGAGUGGCUGUAGUGGGCAGCAGCCAGUUCGGCCAUUUUGGUAUUCAGGUUGAAGAAGGCUUCGGUGAAUAUUUUGACACAGAUUGUAUGAAUGUGAGCAGGGAAGGAAGGAGAAACAAAUAUUCCUGCCAAAGCAGCUGGAGGAAUUGGGAAGCUGAUGCCUAUCUCAACCAGUCUGAAGAACCUUCUGUGGGGAGGAAUGCCAAAGAACCACGGUGCUGUGAAGAAGGGAGCCAGACACAGAAAACCAUGUCCGGAGAGGUGUUGGAAAACAGCUUCUGGUCACUGAAGGUGAAUGAGCAAAGUUUUCAGCACUUAUGUGACAGGCAAGUGCUAACUAGGUGUUUCCAAGCCUGGAGAGGACACAUUCUCUGGAAAAGGGCUGCAGCCAGGCAUCUUUACAGGCAGCAACUGCUUCGGAAGGGCCUUGGUGCUUUGCAGUGGGCUGUGCACCAGAGGAGGAUGCAGCUGGAGGUAGCCCGGCGGCGACGUGCCUCGGCUCUGCUAGCUGUCAGCUUCCGCAGGUGGAAGGAAGCUGUGGCAAAAUGGAAUAAGAAGCAAGCUCCGCAACCUGAGCCAUAUUCUUAUAUCCAAAGUUCAUCAGUGAGAUUUUUUGGAGUAGGAAGAUUAGCAGCUAUGACAACCUCAGCUCAGCACCAGCUUACAGUAGGAUACUCAAAGGAGGCUGAGAAGGCUCAUAGGGUGGAGGGAGGACUAUGGACACAGCUUCAUCGCAGGCAGAGAGGAGACGAGUUCUGCUGGAGAGCUCAAGCAAUCAGAGAUAUGAGACGACUAGCUGCAGCUUUCAGACUGUGGCGCCUGCAGAAGGAGCUGCUGAGCAAAGAGGAAGCCAGGCUUUUGGAAGCCCGUGCUCUGCUGGAAAAGAAGCAGCUAAGAAACCUUUUCUGGGCAUGGCGUUCCCGAUGCUUGGAAAUGGAACAGAUUUUAGCACUGACAACUCGGAUCCAAAGAAACUUGGUCUCCCGGUGCUUCAGUGCAUGGAAGGAGACUGCUGAGCAGAAAGCACUUUACAGGUGCAACCUGGCCCAUCUCAGAGCAGUGUCACUGAGGAAAUACUUCCAGCAGUGGGUUCAGAUGCUGCAGGUCAGAGAAGAUGAUAAGCAGGCAGUGGUGAACUACUUCUUCCUACAAUGGAGGCAGCAUUAUGGACCAGUUGUAAGCUCAGUAGCUGACAAGACUGUGACAAAGAGGCAUGAAGAUCAGCUAUUGUGGACUACAGAGAGACGGUUUCUGGAGGAAACGGGCUACUCUCUUGACGAUUUCUGUCAAAAGGUGAAGCUCCAGAGAGUAUAUCUGCUGUGGAAGACAAGGCUGUGUGAGCAUCAGAGAGCUGAUUCUUUCUCUCAGACUUUGGAGCAGUGUAGAGUCAGAAAAGCUCUGAAAUUAUGGCACCAAAAGUGUCUCAUGCUGAAGACAAUUAAACAAAGUCCUAAGCCCUCACACAGGACUGUCUAUGAAGAACCUCUUGCUAUGCCGUUUUCUGACGACCCCUCAUCAUCAUCUGGCUUUGACAGCAGUGCUCCAGCUACUCUGCCCUCUCAAAACUCACUAGAAAAGGAAUACAGUUUCAGUGACAGUAGCCAGCAGAGCAUCUCCUCCGUUCUGACUGCUGAGGAUGUCACACACAUACCACAUUAUAGUUCUUUCCUGAAACUACACCAGUGCGCAGAGCUGCCAGCUGAGCUGGGUGGGGAGCUGUACUUGCAGGCCGCCUUUCCUCCACAGAAUACUGGAUCUGAAAGAAAUUGGUUUAUGGGAGGUCAGUUCCAGUUAUUGGCACUGCAGAGUCCAGACAAUAAUGUCCAGCCUCUCACCAGUUACUCUACAUGGGAAGAGGACUGCACUUCUGACAAGGAGGUGAAGAGUUGCUGGCAGCAAGCAGAGAAAUGCUGCCUGCAGAGGUACUUCAUUGUCUGGUCAGCUCAGACUCAGCAACUCGUAAAGGCCCAGCAGUACUGCAGGCUUAUUCAGCUGUCUCGAGCCUUUCUCAGCUGGCACCACUGGACUGUGGAAAAUAAGAACCAAAAAGCAGCAUCAGCAGCCCUAAAACAUCAAGUCCAUUGCUGCCAGAUGGCUUUCAGCCUGUGGAAGAAGAGACUGGCCCAGAAAGUAGAAUCUGACCGGAGAUUCAGGUGUCACAUUCACCAGAUGACUGCUGGUGCUCUGUGGCAUUGGUGUUCCUAUUGGCAAAGGAAGCGUGCUGUGAGAGAGCUGCAGCAGCAAUGGGCUCAGCAUAGCUGCCAGGAGAAGAAGAGGUUGGUCCUGCAGACAUGGUAUUGCCAAACAAGGAAGCAGAAAGAUGCUGCUUUACUCUGGGAACGUCUUCUCCUGCGCAGGUGCCUGGUCACCUGGGCCCAGACCACUGCUUGUAGACUGAGGCAGCACAAAGCACUCUCUUGUUUUAAAAGGGUCAGAGAGCACCGUCUCCUAGUUGUGAGCUUUAGUGAGUGGAGGAUGAAAUUCUUGAGAGCUGAACAGCGGGUGAGGGGGGAGAGAAACCACAGGGGGCAGGAACCCUCUCAGGGUAAAGCCUGUCACCGCUGGCGAUUGGCCUCGAGAGGACAGCAAGUCCUGCGCCUAGGAUCUGUGGCUUCUAUAAAACAGGCCUGCAACUACUGGACAAAAGCAGCUGCCUUUUCCCAGUGUUCACGGCAGUGCAGUACCCUGAUAGGUGCUAGGAAGAGCAGAAAGAUGUCUCUGUCUUGGUCCAUGAAAAGCAGAAGAGGCAGAGAAGAGGGUUCAGCACCAGCUGCCCCUCUUGGGCUUUUUCCCAGUGCUAUUCACCGCUGGCUGGUGAUCUACAGAAACCAAAAAGGGGCUGAGGGUCUACUGCUCCCUCACCUGGUAGAGACACCUGGUGCGGUAGGAUCCUCUCCUGCACAUGCAAGGAUCCAGGAGAACAAAGCAGAGGUGGACUUGGAAGAGUGGGAUGAGAAGUGGCUUGGGAGGAAGUAUCUGAGGUGGUGGCGUCACACAGUGAUACUUCGGCAGUGCCAGCGUGACAGGAGACUGCGCUGUCUGGCAAGGGGAUGGCAUCAGUGGAGAGAAGCCAGCAGUGUGGUGAUACUGGCACGGGUGUUGGCAGGACCAGCAGCGGCUGAUAGAAAAGGCCUGGAGGGUGUGGAGACGACGACAUUUGCAAAGCUGUGUGGUGCAGAAUUUCUUGGAGGAGGAAGCCAGGAACCUACUAUCUCAGGCCUUUGGAAGGUGGCGCCAGCUAACAGUGUUCCAGCUCAAGGACAAAGGACGUUGCUGAAUGGUGGGGGCCUGCCUGCAGCUGCUGCUCAUUUCAGGACACGUGGAGGAUACAGCUGGCUGUCACAACAAAGAGCUGGUCCUGCGAAAUCAAGAAAGUGAAUGCUCUGCUCAUGAUAAAAGCAAUGCUGCAGGCCAGAAGCACAGUAGCCAAAGGACAACCAGAAAGAGAUGGUACCUAGUGAAAGUUCCUCUUUGAAGGACUAAUAUCCUACCUCCCUAAAGGCACAAAUUUGAUAUGUCAUUCUUUUUUGUUGUGAGGUUGCAUCCCCUUCUCCUCUGGACACUGAUUUUGCUAGAGUUCUAUUAAAAGUCAAAACCCCACCUUCUAGGCUCUCCCUUUACUCAGUAUUUUUUCCUGGUCAGCAGUUUAGUGUCAUGCAGGGGGGUCUAGCAAAUACAUGUCUUAAAGAGAUGAGCAGGAGCCUGCCUCUGCAAACGCUACAUCCUGUUGAUUCCAAAGCCUGGACUAUCGGUGAUAGGUGUGAACACAAAUCUUUAUUUUUAGAUUUGGCUCUUCCCCUGGGGGCGGAUUCCCACAUGACUCCCACCUCCUGUCUAGGUCCAUCAGCUCUUCAUUAAGCCUUUCAGUGGGUGGCCAACCUCUUGACUGGUUCCUGCUGGUUCCUUUCUGUGCUGAAUGGGCUAGGGAUGAAGAAACCUGCUGGGAACAGCUGAGCACCAAAAGCUUUGCUGAGGCAAGACAGGCGUGUCUGACCCCCAACCUUCCCAUUACUUGCUUCUGUGAUUGAUGCCCUGUAAUUACCCUGGAUAUAUGAGCCCAGUUUCAGACAGCUGUAAUGAGAGGGUCUGAAGAAUCUGGGAAAGGCUUUUCUUCCUUGCUCGUUUGAAAGAGAUGCUCACAGCGUGGCAGGGAUCUUGAAAUUCCAUUGGGAACUGCCCCAGGCUCUUGUUUUCCUAGGCUGUGGUAGCUUGGCAGGAUUGUUAAGUACACAAAGCAGCCUCCAUAGCUUCCCCCCACCCCUUACUUCAGUGCUGUGCGGCCUUAAGCCUGUAUUGAGUCAUUAGGUCACAAAAGAUAGCCUAUGUUUCCCUCCAGGAACUGGAAGAGGACCACCACAAUUCCUCUGACCCUGAACUGAACCGAAGGUUGUAGCUGGUUGCUUUUGGUAAAUUCUAGGAUUUAAACUUU